GUAACAUUCAAUUACUCAUUUAACAAACUCCACUUUUCUUUCCAACUCAAAAACUCCACCGCCGGAAUGUCAUUGUCAGCCGGAGUUCACAUCCCGCUUUUGCCGGGAUCAAAAUCGGCGGUGGAGCAUGGCACCAUACCUGGCGCGGUAUUCAAUGUCGUUAAUUCCAUAAUUGGAUCUGGAAUCAUGUCACUUCCGGCGAUCCUAAAAGUUCUCGGAGUGUUUCCUGCUCUGGUUGUCAUUCUGAUCGUGGCGGUGCUGGCUGAAAUCUCCGUCGACUUUCUCAUGCGUUUUUCGGACGCCGGAAUAAAGCCAACAUACGCGAGUGUGAUGAAGGAGGCUUUUGGAUCCGUUGGAGGAUUAACCACUAAAGUUUGUAUCAUUAUUAACAACUUUGGAGGUGCAAUUCUGUUACUUAUUAUAAUCGGGGAUGUUCUAUCUGGAAAGAAAAGUGGAGAUGAAGUGCAUUUGGGAAUUUUGCAACAGUGGUUUGGAAUUCACUGGUGGAAUUCCAGAGAAGUUGCUCUUCUCAUCACCUUGGUUGUUGUUAUGCUUCCAUUGGUCUUGUACAAACGUGUAGAAUCCUUGAAGUACAGUUCUGCAAUAUCAACUCUUCUUGCUGUGUCAUUUGUUGCCAUUUGUUCUGGGUUGGCUAUUGUUGCUUUGGUGCAAGGAAAAACACAAACUCCUAAAUUGGUUCCUACAUUAGACAACCAGAAAUCUUUCUUUGAUUUGUUCACUGCAGUUCCUGUUGUAGUCACAGCAUUCGCAUUUCAUUUCAAUGUGCAUCCAAUUGGAUUUGAGCUCGCAAAGCCAUCUGAUAUGAAAAUAGCCGUUCGAAUAGCAUUAAUGUUUUGUGCUGUUAUCUACUUUACUAUUGGUUUAUUCGGCUAUCUCUUAUUUGGAGAAUUAACACAAUCAGACAUUCUAGUCAAUUUCGAUCAGAGUGCUGAUUCUGCUGUUGGUUCAUUCUUCAAUAGUUUAAUUCGUGUAAGCUAUGCACUCCACAUUAUGCUAGUAUUCCCUGUCCUGAAUUUCUCUUUGAGAGCCAACGUUGAUGAACUAUUCUUUCCCAAGAAGCCUCUACUAGCCACAGACAACAAGAGAUUUGUGAUUCUCACUCUUGUGCUCUUAGUAAUCUCCUAUCUUGCUGCUAUAGCAAUACCAGAUAUUUGGUACUUCUUUCAGUUUCUAGGAUCAACAACUGCACUGUCGCUUGCCUUUAUUUUCCCUGGCACUAUAGUUUUAAGGGAUGCUCUUAGAAUAUCUACAAGAAAGGACAAAAUAAUAGCACUGGUUAUGAUAAUACUAGCUGUAGUGUCAAGUGCAAUUGCAAUUUCCACCAACAUAUACAAUGCUUUUUAAGUAGCAAGUUAUAAAGUUGGUGUUCUCUUUUCCCUUUCUGUUGUUGUUGCUUUCAACUACAGAAAGUUUUUUUGGGAGAGAUAGGGUAUGGUAGGGGUAAAAACAUUCUAGGUGCAUUUUCUGAGUUUGGGAUGCCUUGCUGUAAAAAUCAUAUAUGUUGAAAGGAAGUGUUGUGUAUAAUAUCAAACAUCAAAGCAAUGAAACAUCAUGGCAAAAUUUGAGUUA